UUGUUUUCACAUCUCAAUUUGAGUUUUAAAUGAUUCAUUCCUCUCAAUCGCCGUUUUGCAUUGAGAGGAUAAAGUUUAGGAAAUAAAUAUAAAAAUAAAAAUGUCCAAAAUAUAUUUAGUUUUAAGUGUUUUCAACGUAAUAUUUGUAUCAUCUAAUGAAAGUCCACUAGUAUUUAGUAAAGUAGAAACAUAUUUAGGAGACCAAUGCACAGUGUCUGGUGGGAUAGAAGGAAAAUGUGUAAAAGCUAAUCAAUGCACAACAAUUAAAAGUUAUAAGAACAUAACAAGAUGUGAGUUUGACAAAAACGAUUUAAUUGUUUGUUGUCCUGGCUUUAAAGAAAUAGCAAGUUCGGAUGAAAAACUCAUGAGAAUGAGAGACAUUGAUGAAGUAAACACAACAGCUUAUCGAAAUUAUGAUUUCAAAAAUGAAAGAUUUAAUCAAAUUUUAUGUAAAAAUCACGAGCCAAGAGAAAAGUUCCUUCCAAAUAUAGUUAACGGAAAUGAAGCUGAUGUUGCUGAGUUUCCAUAUCAAGUAGCUCUUGGCUAUCAAUCUACAACUGGUUCUUAUGAUUUCAACUGUGGAGGAUCUCUCAUAUUAGACGAUAUUGUCAUAACAGCAGCUCAUUGCGCACAUCUUAAAGAAGCUCAGCCUGUAAUUGUUCGAUUGGGCAGAACAUCUCUUGUGGAAAGCAUGUAUGAUCAUGGACCAAUUGUUGAUGUUGAAAUUAAAAAAAUAAUAGUUCAUGAAAAAAGUAAAAGAGUCACACGAGAAAAUGACAUUGCACUGAUAAAAUUGAGUAGGAAAGUUGAGUUCACUCAUUACAUUAAGCCUAUCUGCAUUUUGGAUGAUAUUGACAGUUGGAAUAAAAAUUUAACUGUGACAGGAUUUGGAGUUGUAGAUCCAGACACAAAAAUGCGAUCAACAUGGCUAAUGAAAGGGAUUGUCCAAGAAGAAGAAAUCGAGGAUUGUAGAAAAAGUUACAGUAUAGUCAGCAAAACUAUUUUUGAUACACAAAUUUGUGCAUCCGGGAAAUUCAACACUGAUGCUUGUCAAGGCGAUUCUGGUGGUCCACUUAUUCUUCAUGAAAAUAAUCAAGAAAGUUUGUACGGAAUCACAUCACAUGGGAAUGGGUGUGGAUCAGAUUUGCCAGCUUUAUACACAAAAGUUGAUAGAUUUUUGAAAUGGAUUGAACAAACAAUUUUUAUGUUAGAUAAAUCUGACGUAUUGCAAUCAUGAAUUAGAUACAAUGGUAGUUUAAAUACUCAAAACCAAAAAAAUGGCUAUAAGAUUAAUAAAAAGAUAAUGAUAUAUAAGAUUACUAGCGACUAGCACGUGCCCCCCUCUUCCCCCAUUCAAAUUUUAUUUAUUACGUUAGUACGAAAAUUUUAUAAAAAGCAUAAAUAGUUAUAAAAAUCCUUAAAAAACGCUUACACCUGUGGCUCGACAAUGAUUAAAAUCAUCAACUUGUUACAAUUUUAAUUAAUAAUUUGCUUGAUAACACAUGACAUUAGCUUGAAUUGUUUACAUUCAGA